AUGAGAGUGAAAAGAAAGAAAUCAAAAAGAGUUUCAACAAGAAUGAGGGAAGGUAUCAAGAAGAAGGUUGCUGCUCAUCGGAGAAAGGAGAGAAAGCUAGAAAAGAAGAAUCCUACAUGGAAAUCGAGACGUCCGAAAGAUAUUGGAAUACCUUCAAGCUUCCCUUAUAAAGAUCGGAUACUUUUGGAAAUAGAGGAAAAGAAGAGAGAGAAAGAGGAAGAAUUGGAGCGGAAGAGGGAGGAGAAAAGAAGUCGGAGGGCACAAAUGGCUGGUAAUGGUGAAACGGUGAAUGACGAAGACAUAGAAGAGGAAGUUAAACAGGACAGUAUGGCUGCUCUUAUGGAAAGUGCUCAAAAAGCUGCUGAUGAAUUUGAGAUGAACGGAAAGGAAGGAAAUACGGUACAGGAUGAUGAUAAAAUGGACGAGGAUGCAGAAGGCUUCGAAGUUAUUGACUACGAAAUUGAAGAUAAUGGAGAUUUAAAGGGCAACAGAAGAACUGUUGAUCAAUCCAGAAAGCAGUUUGAUAAAGUGUUCAAGAAUGUGCUUGAUGCCGCCGACGUUGUGCUAUAUGUGUUGGAUUCACGUAAUCCAGAAGCAACAAGAUCUCGAAAAGUUGAAGAAGCCAUACUUAACAAUCCAGAUAAGAGGUUGAUCUUUGUUUUGAACAAAGUCGACUUGGUUCCAGAGCCAGUUCUCAAGAACUGGAUACAAUAUCUCCAGAAAUUCUUCCCUACUGUUCCAGUUAAAGGAAGCACUGGCACAAACGGUUCUGGUGCAUUUAACAAGAAGUUAACACAGGCAUCUACCUCAGGACAGCUUUUAGAAGCUCUCAAGCUAUAUGCGGAGAGGGCUAAUUUAAAACGGUCUAUUACCGUUGGUGUGAUAGGAUUUCCUAACGUGGGUAAAUCUUCUGUGAUAAACUCGUUAACCACUAGACGUGGCAGAUCUGGAAAGCUAUGUCCUGUUGGUAACGAGGCUGGCAUAACGAGAAAUAUUCGGGAGAUCAAGAUGGAUAAUAAAUUGAAGAUAUUGGAUUCUCCAGGUAUUGUCUUUCCAGAAAAAGGAGAUGGUUCGAAAUCCACGGGUGAAUUUGAGUCGGAAUUGGUUCUUUUGAAUGCACUUCCAAAGAAGGAGAUCAAAGACCCGGAGCGUGCCGUUAAAUUGUUGAUAAAACGGUUGUCAAAUGAUUCGGAGAUGGCGGAUUCAUUCAAGAAUUACUACAAUCUUCCGGCGUUACCGGCACUCAGUCUAUUAGACUUUGUGAAGCAAGUCCUAAUAUAUAUUGCUAGAUCCCACGGACGACUUGGCAAGGGCGGAAUUCCAAAUCUUUCUUCUGCGGCUGUUGUCGUUUUGAAUGACUGGAGAGAUGGCAAAUUCCAUGGCUGGAAUAUUCCGCCAUUAACUGAGACCACAACCGAAGAGAAUAACGAAGUGUCCAAAAGUGUGCUGAACACAGAAAGGAAAGAGGUUGUUUCGCAAUGGUCUAAGGAAUUCGAUCUUGACGGACUCUUUGCCGAUGUCUUUAAUUAA